AUGGAAUUUCUUUCUUCAAUUACUGUGGAGGUCGGAAAGUGCUGGUUCACAGCCGCUGGUGAUCAACUUGGUUACUUGUUUCAUUACAAUGACAAUGUUGAAAACUUGAAAAAUCAAGCUAAGAAGCUGGCAGAUAGCAGAGACAUGGUGCAAAAGAAAAUCGAAUUUGCCGAAAGAAAUGGACAAAACAUCUUCGCUAAUGUUCAAAGUUGGAUAGCUGAAGCUGAAAAUAUUUCCACAACAGCCGAAAAGUUUUUUGAAGAUGAAGACAAAGCCAACAAGCGGUGCCUCAAACGGUGGUGCAUUAAUCUCAAACAACGUUAUCAAUUCAGUAAGGAGGCAAAGAAGCAUACUCUGGUGAUUUCUGAUUACCUCCAGGAAGUGAGAAACUUUGAGAGCGUGUCUUGUCCUGCUCCUCCGUCUGGAAUUGCAUCGUCAUCUAAAGUAUUCUAUUCUGGCCCUUUUGAAUCUAGAAAUUCAAUCAAGAGGAAAGUUAUGAAGGCCUUAAUUGAUGGUGACAGUGUCAGCAUAAUUGGAAUAUGUGGAAUGGGGGGUGUGGGUAAAACCACACUAGUUAAAGAAAUCAGCCAACAUGUAAAAGAAGCUAAGAUGUAUGAUGUUGUAGUGAUGGCGGUUGUCUCUCAAACCCCUAGUAUUAUGAAGAUUCAAAGCGAUAUUGCUGACAUGUUAGGUGCAACAAACUCCUUGCCGCCUAGUUCUGAAAUAGCAAGAGCAAGUUUCCUAUGGGAGAGAAUCAAGGAGAAGGAGCGGAUCCUCCUCAUUUUAGAUGACGUUUGGGAAAGAAUCAAACUGGAUGAGAUUGGUAUUCCUUUUGGGAGUGACCAUAGAGGUUGUAAAAUUUUAAUCACCUCUCGAAGCAUAACCAUAUGCAAUGAAAUGAAGUGUCAACCGAUACAUACAGUUGAAAUUUUAUCAAAACAAGAAUCUUGGGUACUUUUCAGCGAGAUUGUCGGCUCAGAUGUCGAAACUUCUGACAUAAACUCUAUUGCAAGAGAGAUAGCUGCUAAAUGUGGUGGCUUGCCAAUUGCAAUUGUGACAAUAGCAGGAGCUUUAAAGGGCAAGAACAAGCAUGUGUGGAGAAACGCGGCACGACAACUUCAAAAGUCCAACCCCUCUGACAUCCCAGGAGCGGAGGGGAUCUUAUUUUCAUCUUUGGAGCUGAGCUUGCAUUAUCUAGAAAAAGUGGAGUCAAAAUCACUUUUCUUAUUUUGUAGCUUAUUUCCAGAGGAUUACAAAAUUCCAAUUGAAGUUUUAGUGAGAUACGCAAUUGGUCAGAGGUGGUUUAAAGACGAUGAAACAAUAGAAGAUGUCAGAGAUAGAGUUCAUGCUAUUGUAAGUACCAUCACUUCUUCCUUUCUCUUAAUUGAUGAUGGUGAAGAGUAUGUUAAAAUGCAUGAUGUAGUGCGGGAUUUUGCAUUAAACAUAGCUUCUAAAUACAACCACCAAUUCUUGGUAAAAGCUGGCAUUGGUCUACGAGAGUGGACAAAUAAAGAUACUUUUGAAGAUUUCACAUGUAUCUCACUAAUGUCAAAUAAUACUAUAGAGCUACCUAAUGAGGUAGAAUGCCCAAAGUUACAAGUUUUGAUGGUGCAAGGCAGUUCUGAGAUUUUUUUUCCUGGGAAUUUCUUUCCAGGAAUGAAGAAUCUCAAUGUUUUAGACUUGAGUGGAUUCACGCUCUUGUCAUUGCCUGAUUCAUUUUCAUUUCUUUCAAAUCUUAGAACAUUACAUAUUAGUGGUUGCACGUUGGGUGACCUAUCAGUGAUUGGAAGUCUAAGUAAACUAGAGAUUCUUAGCCUUUCCAGAUCUUCUAUUGUAGAGAUCCCCGUAUCCUUUAGCCAAUUAAGUAAUCUCAGGUUAUUAGAUUUGAAUGAUUGUACGAAGUUAACACUAAUACCUCCUGGUGUUAUAGUCUCUCUUAAAAAGUUGGAGGAAUUGUACGUUAAUAGAUUCAGGCAAUGGGAAUCUGAAAGUGAAAAUUUGAAGAGCAAUGCCAAUCUCGUUGAGUUAGAAGCCUUGUCUCGAUUGACUCAUUUAGAGAUUUCUAUUUCAAACCUGGACCUCUCACCAAAAUUGUUGAUACUCAAGAAGUAUGCAUGUCUCACAAACCAACAUAUCAAAAAUACAUGA